UUGACUUUUAUGUUAAGAGUCAAAUAUGUGAUCCUCGGUCGUUAAAUUCAAAGGGAUUACUGUUUGGUUUCACCAAAAAGUUGGAAGAUGCUCACGACUCUUCCUUCCUUUUUUCUCAAUAUAAAGCUGCCGUCUCGAAAAGAUUAUAAAUCCAUAAGCUUCUUCUUCGUCUUCGUCUUCGUCGUGUGACCCGCACUUCCAUCUAUAGAAUUCAAUGUCGACCUACAAGCUCAAUCACACUGAUUCAUUUGGAGAUGCAAAAAAAUUGCGGUCAAACCAAGAAAAUGGUUUCAGUGAUAUGUCUUCACUAGCUCAAUCAGAGAAAGCUGUUCAGGAGUUUCUUAUUCAGCAGACUCCUAUGCAGGCUACUGAUGAUCAUCUCAUUGAGUUCUCAGAGGCUUUGAGAACUGUUGCAAAGGCUUUAAGAGGAUCUUCUGAAGGAAAGGCAUUGGCUCAAGCUGAAGCUGCUGAAUGGAAACGAAGAUAUGAGUUGGAGAGGUGCAAGAAUCUAGAGUUGCUUCUUAAAGCACCUUCAAAUGGAGUGUGUGCUGAUGAAUCUAAUAGCAAUGGGAUGAUGGAUCAUUCAGCCAAGUCUCUGCGGCUUCACGUUCAGGAAAACGGGAAGUCAGGAAUGCAUUCCUUGGAGCGUAUUUGCGCUCAUGAAGUGCUUCAAGAUUGUGAACCUAACAGUCCUAAUGGCUGUAACAACAAAUUGAAGCGAAAGGCAUCAUUUAAGCUUUCCUGGGGAUGCAAGGGGCAUGCUAAUGAUCAACACAAAAAAGAAAUCGUCUCUUUUGAGAGCGGCAAUAUCACUACACCAGAUCGAAGUAGUAAACAGAUUUCACUGACAUGGGAGUCCAGUCCACAAACUGUUAUUAUCUUCACUAAGCCUAAUUCAACUUCUGUACGAGUUCUUUCUGUGGAAAUGGUCAGAUGGUUGAGAGAUCAUAAAGGACUAAAUGUUUACGUGGAACCACGAGUGAAGGCAGAACUUUUAUCUGAAUCAAGUUCCUUCGACUUUGUUCAAACUUGGGAAGAUGGUAAACAUCUCUCUUUUCUCUUUUGUGUGUUUGUUUUUUUUUUGGUUAGAAAUAGUAAGCUAAUUGAUCACUUUUUUUAUGCAGACAAAGAAAUUUCACUUCUACACCCAAAGGUUGACCUUGUCAUAACUCUUGGUGGGGAUGGUACAGUUCUAUGGGCAGCGUCGAUGUUCAAAGGACCAGUGCCUCCAAUUGUUCCCUUUUCCAUGGGUUCUCUAGGAUUCAUGACACCUUUCCACAGCGAACAGUACAGAGAUUGUCUUGAAUCGGUUUUGAGGGGUCCAAUCAGUAUAACACUCCGACACAGGCUGCAGUGUCAUAUCAUCAGAGAUAAAGCAAGGCAUGACUACGAGACAGAAGAGAAUAUGCUUGUUUUGAAUGAAGUCACCAUCGACCGUGGGAUAUCUUCUUACCUCACAAACCUUGAAUGCUACUGCGACAACUCGUUUGUCACAUGUGUGCAAGGCGAUGGACUAAUACUAUCUACAACAUCUGGUAGCACCGCUUACUCACUUGCAGCUGGAGGAUCAAUGGUCCAUCCACAGGUUCCUGGGAUCUUGUUCACACCAAUCUGUCCGCAUUCUCUGUCUUUCCGCCCACUGAUAUUACCGGACCAUGUGACAGUGAGAGUGCAGGUGCCAUUCAACAGCAGAGGCUCCGCGUGGGUGUCAUUUGAUGGGAAAGGCCGGAAACAACUUGAAGCAGGGGAUGCACUGGUGUGUAGCAUGGCACCGUGGCCUGUCUCAACGGCUUGCCAGGUCGAAUCCACUCAUGACUUCCUUCGCAGCAUCCACGAAGGUCUUCACUGGAACCAAAGAAAGAUUCAAUCUUCUGACGGCCCUCAGUGACACUUGAACAAAUUAAUCCCAGAAUUCUACUCCUUGUAAACCAUAUGCAUAGAGACAAAGAAGAUGUAGUAUCUGGUUUCUAUCCAUUGUUGGGUAUAAUAAAGAAAAUGUAGUAUGAUUGAUUAUUCAAAGUUAAUGAAUCAGAGAUGUUUCUGUGCUAA